AUGAAAACCAUAACCAUUUGUGCGCUUUUUGUGGUCUUCUUUGCCUGUUUCACCUGUCAAGCGCGUUCUGUGCCUGUGGCAGUUGUUGAAGUGCCUGUAGUGGAGGUGGCUGGUGUAGCUGAAGCGGCGCCCGUUAGCCUACUGGAUAUUGAAAAUGCGGAUCAAUCUGUGGUAGAUGUCACGGAUAACGACGAAAAGGCGCGUUCAGCGCGCGGUUUGGGUCUGCUUUUUGGCGGUGGACAUGGUUUUGGUGGCAAUUUGUUCGGUGGUUGGGGUGGACUCGGCGGUCUUGGUGGUUUGAAGAGCUUCGGCGGCCUUGGUGGAUUUGGUGGACUUGGCGGUUUGAAGGGCCUAGGCGGUGGCUUGGGUGGUGGCUUUGGUGGCGGCUUUAAACCUUUCUUCGGAAAAAUUUGGUAA